AUGUGCCUGCUGGACGCUGAGGCCAAGACUGUCCUGCGUUGCCCCACCGCCGCUGAGGAACUCGCCGGUAAUGCGACGGUCUCCGGCACGUGCAACUUCUACCGCUCCCUCUGCCCCGCCCAUUCCUGUCAGUCCGACUACGUCCUCGACGCCAACACAAUGCGCUGUUCGUGCAAUGCCGCGACCUGCCUCACGGCGAUCGACAGUACCACCGCAGCCCCCACCAAGACUCCGGCCGGUGCCGGUGACUCCGCCACCAACAAGCCCGUCGACAACACGGUGCACACGCCCGGCGUUUCCAACGCCGCCGCCGCCGGCAUCGCCACCGCCACCUUCGCGGUCGGCGCGCUCAUCGCCGUCGCCGUGACGAUGAACGUCGUUGCACUGCUGCGCCGCCGCCGCAGCCCCACCUCUGAAACGAAGUACUCUGCGGAAGGCAGGCCCGUCCGCGACUGCGACAUGGGGUAA